AUGACCGCCAAGGAUGUUUUUGUUUCCACCGAUUACGAUGAGGAGUUAUUGCCUUUAGCUUUGGUCCAAGGCGCUCGCAAUCCCGAGGAGCGUGGCGGAGGUCUUCUUGGGCACUCAGACGAACCACUUUCACCUUGGUACUUUCGGUAUAGACAAAAGCGGUGCAAUGGAAAUCAACUUCAGCCAAAGCGCUGUGGUUAUCCAUGGAACUCGGUCAAAGGCCUGACAGCCUCCGAAAUUUGCCAGAAAUCCAUUCAGAUGGAGUGUGCCCCCGAUGAAACUCCUUGCGCUGAGGGAUUCCGAGCUGGACCACUAAUGUCCACAGUAGUCACCGAUCCUCGAGAAAUUCCGGGCUCAUGGACAAAUGUAGCAGCUUUGCACAGGGGUCAAUCCUCUCCACCGGCGCGCCGUGACUGCCAACCCGUUCUCGCCAUUCUCGAAUCCUGCCAAAUCCUAGUCGGAGGGGGUUCUUGGAAGCUUGGUAAAACUACAUUGAUCGGGGGAAUGCGCAUGUUCCGGCUUACCACCUGGCACGAGCCCCCUGGGUGGACACCAUCACUGAGCAAGGAUCCAGAAGCUCUCCCUUCAGCGCAUGCUUUCGAACUGGUUUAG